AUGUGACCUUUGCCUUGGCGAUAUAACACCAGAGGAUUUGGCCAUGGCCAUAACAUGUGAGACCCCUAUUCGCCCUUCAUGUUGCACCAAGUUAUUCAGAUUUCCCGCCGGCGAUGGCGUGAUUAAGCUUGACGGAGAAAAGUGGCCUCUUUGCCGGCAUGUUGCAUGUUUUCGGCCACAUGAAGCUGCAACGAUGCAUGCGUCCUGCUACCAACUCUUCCUUCGGCACUACACGCAAGAUAAUCCCCUCAACGGUGUAUGGAUUGCCACAGAAUGGAGGCGUCCGUGGAAACAUGACCCCAAUCCACAGCAUGGCUUCGAAUUGGAGGACAGCAGCAUCGUAUCAGUGAGCCCCUCUAUUGCCGAAGCGUUGGGAAUGCCGUAGCUGGCUCUGCUGCACCCAACCCUUGUCCAAGAUAUCAGGUCCAUGUCUCCUGAUAGUGAGGUUUGGGCCUACUUGGCUAUCAAAGAUCUUGCAGAAGGAAUUUCAUCUGCAGCUGGCCAAGAUGACUCCCAGUCUUGUAUGCUUGACAGAGUCGAGUCUUGGACUAGGGGUGAGGGUGCACCUGUGAUAAGCGACGGCAUUGCUGGGGAUUGGGGUAUACGGGUCACGAAAGAUCGCCGCGGUAUACGGAAGACUGAAAGACUCGUUGGCCUCCCUUCCUACGCCCUGAUGCCGCCAGAUCAAGCAAGGACAAGUGGUGUUGAUUUCAGAAUUGGGGCAGCUCGUAUCAAGCUUUCAGGGAAUGGCAAGUCAGUUAUGUGGGAUACACCGAAUCCUCCUCGGUCAGGUAAGUUGUCAUUCUUCGCCCCAUGUGAUAACGAGGGAUUAUGUGAUAUGCGUCUGCGCACACUGGACUUGCGCAGCACCAGGGGCCUCACCUUCUUCUACGUUGGGUCUUCUCUGCGGGCUAUUCAUUCUCAUACGUCUCGCUUCCCAACUGCGUCGACGACAUACGCGCGUCUGCUGGAACACGCUCGAAAGCAUGCGGUUUGGGCACAUGUCCCUAUCUCACCUAAUGAUCGCCUCAUCGGAUCAGGCAUACGAACAAGUGGCAUGGAUAAUGUAUUCACUUCACCUUCUGUUCUGAUUCGCACUAAACUUGUUGGUGAUAUUGUCAUCGGCCCUCAGUUUAGGCCCGUUCACCCUGACUUCGCCCUCGUCCUUAAUAAGGAUUACACCUGUAUUAUACCAGGGUUUCUUAUAUAUGAUAUACCUGCCACUGAAGAUGAACAAAUGCUUCUCGCGGUGGCAGCAAGGCUCAUUGCUGUCACGGUGAUGGUGGUUGUUCCACCGAGGGCUAUGAAUCGUGGCAGCAGAUUGAAUGCACAGCACAUCAAGGUUCCAGGGUUGAAUGCUCCAGCAACACAGAUGACCAUCAUCACAACGAUAGUGGUGAGCAUAUGGUCUGCGUACCCAUCAAAGGGUACAUGGAUUGCCACUGGGAUGACCGAUGGACUCGACUAG